GACCUGUAACUGAGGGCUCAGGGGAUGGCUGAGGUUUGGAGCAGCAGAGGUUUGGAUGAAGGAUGCCAAUCCAGGGAUUGGGAUUCGGGCACAGGGUCUGUCCCAGGGAGAGGACCCUGCGUGUUUGUUGGCACUGCUGCCUCUCCAUCAAGGCCGAUAUGUGAGAUGGGUGUGUUCUGCAUGGCUCCAAAACUCUAAUAAAUAUAUUUCCUCCCCAAUCUUCAAGCUGUUGGGUGUUCCUUGCUUUUGGGAGGUGCUUUAAAUCUGACUGCCAGAGCCGUGGGCUGCUGAGAGCAGAAGCUGCCUGCACGAUGCUGAGCUCAGGUCUUCCUCCCGUUCUCCUGGUGCUCUCCGUGCUGGAGCUGAGCUGGUCCCUGAGUGAUGAAGAAAAGAAGAUCAUCUUGGAUGAGCAUAAUAAAUAUCGCUCCCAGGUCUCUCCUCCUGCCAAGGCUAUGAUGAAGAUGACCUGGGACAAGGAGCUGGAGGCCCUUGCUCAAUCCUAUGCAGAGAAGUGCAUCUGGGACCACAACAAGGAGAGGGGCCGACGGGGAGAAAACCUCUUUGCUAUGGCCCCAACCCUGGAACUAGAAUUCGCCGUGGAAGACUGGAACGGGGAGGAGAAAUUCUACAACUUGACAACAUCCACGUGUGUCCCCGGGCAGAUGUGUGGCCACUACACCCAGGUGGUCUGGUCAAGCACACAUCAGAUCGGCUGUGGGGCACAUUUUUGUGAGAAGAUUGAUGGAAUUGAAACAGAGAACAUGCACUUGCUUGUUUGCAACUAUUAUCCCCCGGGUAACGUGAAAGGCAAAAAGCCCUACCAGGAAGGACCCUCGUGUGAAAUGUGCCCCACGGACACAGUCUGUGUGAACAACCUGUGUGCAGGUGCCCUGGACACAGAAGAACUGGAGACAAACCAUGACCAGACAAGUGUGGAUCCACCCAAAGGAAGAGCCCCCAGUACCUGCUUGGGCCUUUCCCUCUUCCUCCUCCCCAGUGCCAUCCUGCUGGGCCUUCUGCUCUGAAGGGUCUUCCUCAGCUGUCCCUGCACCUCUCACCAAGGCUUUGUCAGUGCUGGUUGUUCCACAGCCCUGGCAGGCUCAGGAGACUCCUUGGACAAUUCACACGCUCCCUCCUCACGCUGCCUUCUCUGCCGCAGCCCCGGCGAGCCAAGGGCAGCCAUCAGUGCUGGGGGAACUCUGUCCCCUUCCUGAGCAGACCUGAGGGCAGGAGGGUGUUUGCCAUAAUGCUGGUGACCUUGGAUGCUUCUCCUUUUUCCUGGCUUCUAUUCCAUUUCCAGGCUGGAAGUGUUGAGCUCUCCCACCCAUCUGCCUGUGUGGCUGGCAGGCCCUGCCACAGCCUGACCCUGGGGACAGCAGGGUGACCUGGGGACAGUGAGACAUGGUGGUUGGCUUUGGUGUUUGUAGAUGAGACAUGGUGGUUGGCUUUGGUGGUUUUUACCAGCAGAAAUGCUCUUUUCCUUCCCAAUGUGUCCGUCUCAGUUUUGGACAAGUCUUACCUCCUUCCCUUCUUGUCCAAAUAGAGUGGCUGUUUUGAGGAUUUCUGUUUCCUCCUGGUUCUGAUGGAGCUCUGGCCAGUACUACCCAGCUGCUCCCCCUCUCCUCCUCACACUCUGCAGCCCUUGCCUCCUCCCAAGCCACAGAUUUAUUUUACGCCUGUGCCUGCACCUGUGUGCACGCACAGAAGAGAAACCUUCAGAGCUGAGAGAGGCCACCAGCUCCUCCAUGUAGCUUUUCCCUGCAUGGCUUCAUUCUUUGCAUAAUUUCAGUGUAUUUGAAUUUAGAUACAGAUUCCUCUUGACAUGUAAUCUGUGUGUGUGUGGUCAAGGAGAACAAGUCCCCACUUGUGCUGGUACAAUCUGAGCUCCAGAGAUACAGGUGACCUUGUUAGAGGUUAUUGGUGGCUCCUGGGCCUGUUGCAGGACCACUGGCAUUGUCUGGGCCACUGUGUUUUGUUACCCCACUUCUCUCCUCCCUUCACCUGAGGAUUCCCAGUCAGGUGUGUUAAAUAUGUGACAAGCUUUGCAGACAGGUGGAAGGAAGAUAAUGGGCAGAUACAGCCCCUUCUGUGGUCACUGCAGCCUUUCAUUUCUACAGAUGAGGUGGAGGAUGACUUGAAGACCAUUAUUCAGAUCCUCCACUGCUGCUCUGUCCUGUGCAUCCCCAGAGCAUGCACUGAAUAAAUCCUGUUGUGAAAGUCUA